AUGCCAAACACGUCAUUCGAUGAACUACAGAGCACUUCGGGAAUUUUGAACAGUAUGGUGAGUUUUUUCCUGGAAAUUUUUGGGCUGAAAAUUUGCCACGUGGCAUGGGUUUUCAAUUUAUUUUAGUAGAGAAAAAAGAACAUCUGGUAAAUUUUGUUGCCAUUUUUCCUCCCAGAUGUUUGUGAGUUUUGAAGAAUCUAGGCAUUUCUAUGAUUUCUCAGAAAUUUUCAAAACACAAUUUUUUUUUGUCAAUUUUUGCACGCGGAAGAAAAAUUCAAAAAAAAACAAAUAAAUUUUUCAGAAAAAAAAUUGUUUUUUCCAGCAGCAGGAAAAAAACUUCCUGGAUCUUUAGACAAAUUCAAAUUUCCCGCCAAAAAUACUUACAGUACUUUUCCAGUAAUCUCUUUAAAGCCUAAUUUUAAGUCUAAAGAAAUAUUGAGUUAAAAAGCAGACCACCGUGGUCUGCAAAUCAACUCGAGACACCGUGCAAAGUUAAAAAGCAGACCACGGUGGUCUGCUUUUUAAGGCAACACACCGUGCAAAGUUAAUUUGCAGACCACUGUGGUCUGCAAAUUAACUUUGCACAGCUUUUUCGGUUUCAAAGUGACAGUACCCCCUACAGUAACCCCAGUCUUAUUUGGUAUCAAAAUGACCCCCUCAAAAUCUACAGUACCCCUCUCUUCCAGACAAUCGGUCAAACGCGCUCCAUGGCCAAUUGUGCCUAUUGCCAAAUUCGCGACGUCCCCCUCCAACCGUGUUUAUUUUGCGGUACUGUAGCCUAUUGCUCCACAGAACAUCAGGUAAGAAAACAAAAAAAAAGUUUUUUUUUUCUCUGCCCUCUCUCAAUCUCUAGCCAAAAUGCAGAAAAAUCACGUAAUUCAAUGAAUGGCACAGCGGAAAAAAGAAAAAAAAGUGGAAACUUUUUUUCGAGGGUCCCUAGAAAAUCUGAAACUUUUCAGCAAUUCAACUGGAAAAAGCACAAAAUGAUUUGUAAAACGCUUCAAGCUCGAGGUUUGGUCGCAAAUGGACAAUUGGAAAAUGAAGAGGAGAAAGGUACGGUAGGAUUACUGUAGAUCUUGAUUUUAGCACUAACUUUUAUUGCUCAUCUUAAAAUAGGUGACUUCUAGAGAAGUCUCAGAGUACUGUACCUAGGUUACUGUAGCCUUGGAACACAAAAUAUUUUGUGAUCUACGUCAUAAACACAUUUUUUCGCACCGCGUCCCCAAUUUUUCCUAUCUUCUUUUGAAAUUUUUUGCAUCAUUUUGUAUUUUUUUCCGACAAAGAUCAGUUUCAUAUUAAUUUUUCUGGGGACCACUGGAAAAUUCAUUAAAAAACAACUUCAAGAUGCCAAAAACAGCUACAAAAUGCAGUAAAAAGUUAAUUUGCAGACCACCGUGGUCUGCUUUUUAACUUGAAAUGCAGUGCACAGUUAAAAAGCAGACCACCGUGGUCUGCAAAUUAACUCAAAACACCGUGCAAAGUUAAUUUGCAGACCACGGUGGUCUGCUUUUUAUUUAUUCGACAUUCGAAUCUCUGUGGUCUGCAAAUAAAUGCGCAAGUAGUUCAGCGCUCUAGUUUUUUUAUUUAUUUAUUUAUUUAUUUACGAUGAGCGGAAAAUACACCGUUAGAGAAAAAAUCACGCAGUAAGUAAGAUAAAACACAAUAUAUAAUGAAAUCGAACACAAAGUAAAAUAAAAAAUAGAACAAAAUCAAAUUGAAUUAAAUUAUUUUGGGGGGGGGGAGGAUGACACAAGCUAAAUUAAAAAGACUAAUCGGAGGUGAGGAGACCAGAAUCAGUGGAGAUAGCACGAAAUUUAUAGUUUUUAUGGUUUUUAUGUAUUAAACAUAAUUAUAAAUGAGACUCAUAGACAUAACCGUAAGUUUUAGUUUGAUUUGUAAUGUGUACACCAAUGUCAGAUCAAUCGCAAGCAUUUCUAAUAAUUACAUCUAGGAAAUCAUCCGAGUAGGAUUUGAUGUUUUUCAAAAAUUCAGGAAUCACUCGCACUGAGAAAAAGUUACCACGGAUUUUCUUUUUUGGAAUUUUGUAAGAAAAAUUAAUACGGGAUCGCGUUGUAGAUUUCUGGAUUUGAAAUAAGGAUUUGAGAUUAAUUUUGGAUUUACCAGAAAGGAUGUCCUCAAGGAAUUUUAGAUCACAUUUCUUCCUCCUGUCACUCAACUUCUCCAAUUCAAACAUAUCUAGCCUUUCCUCAUAUGAUAAAUAUGAGGAAAGGCUAGAGAAAGGUUUUUGAAUCUCAAGGUUUCGAGUUCGAUCCCGCAUGCAGACUAUCAUUUUUUCUUCAAAAUCCCAAGUUUUACAGAUUUCGACACCUCCAAACCCACCACCUCAUUCAACAUCAAAACCGAAGAGGAGCCGGGAUUCUUGGCGGGACCAUCAAGCGCCUUUAAACCCUACCGUAGUCAAGGCUCCACAACUUCUUCGCUCGGAUCGAGUAGCUCGGAAAAAUUGACGCCUUCAAAUUCAAAUUUCGGCGCUAACACCAAAACAGUGCCUGUGAAAAUCAUCAGUCCACCCGAGCCACCCGAAAAAUCCACAAUUGCCACGUCACCCGACAUUGCCACGUCAUCAUCGCCCUCGAGUUCUGGCGGAUCACUGGAGAAGAUUAUAUUGACUGAUGAUCCGGAUAUACAGGUGAGGGACCAUUUUUUUUUUGCCACGUUGAUUCUACUACAGUAGUCUAGAUAACUUUGAAAAAUUAUUGAUCGAUAAUAUUUUCUGAGGUGAGAAGAUAAGAUCGGUUUUCAUUUUCAAAAAAAAAUUUUGCAAAAAAAUCAGAUAACGAAAAAGAUUCUUUGGACUUUGGAGGGAUCUUUGGAAAAUGUAUUUUUUGCCACGUGGAAGCUUCUCUGCGUCUCUAACCUUUAUCGAGAAAAUUUCAAUUAAAAUGAUUCGAUUAGCAAUUCCGGGAUCAAAAAAUCAAAAAUUAAGAGGUACGAGGAACCGAUCCAGGGCCUUCUGAUUCAAAAAAUCAACCUUUCUCGCUUAAAAUUCUUUGCUGAAAAAGAUGCGAAUACUUAAAAUGAGCAAUCCCCAUCAUUUUCAGCGCAAACAUUUGAUCUAAACAUCAUGAUCAAAACAAUUUUUUUCCAAAACACAAUACACUGUAUUUUGUGUGUGUUCUGAUUUUUUUGUAUUAAUUUGAUUUCACACGUAGACAUUUUCCCAAAAAAAAUAAAAAGUUUCGAAUUUCAAAAAAAAGAUAGAAGGGUUUUGAAUUUCAAUCUGUCUGAGCCAAACUCUGCGUCUCUAACUUUAUUGGGCGUCUCUAGUUGUCUAGCUACUCUACGUCUCUAACUUCCCCCAUGUUCUCUGGCUUCUCUCUCUCAUCCGAUCCCUAAUUAUAAAAUGUUUCCAACACAAAAACCAUAAACAAGAUUCAUCAAAACAUUUCGUGUAGAUGUGCAAAACGGCGAAAAACACGUAGAUCAAAGAAUAGUUGGACAGCGAAAGAAGAAAAGAAGCGGGAGAUUCUGAAUAAUACGUGACUUAUCCAAAAACGCGCGAACGCACGGCCUCCCAAUUCAUUCUCUCCUUCUCCUUCUCAUUUCAUAUUUGUAUGUGUAUAUACAUUAUUUUAUUUGACUAGACUAGACUUCUCCCUCUAAUAAUUAUUCAUAAUUACUAAUUAUGAAAAUUAAAAUUCCCCUAAUUAGCUCCACACAUGCAAAACGCUGGAAACCGUACAGGGUAAGCUAGAGACGCAGACAGCUAGAGACAAUAAAACGCAGACCACCGUGGUCUGCAAAUUAACGUUGCAGGGUGUUUUGAGUUAAAAAGCAGACCACGGUGGUCUGCAAAUUAACGUUGCAGGGUGUUUUGAGUUAAAAAGCAGACCAUCGUGGUCUGCAAAUUAACUUUGCACGAUGUUUUGAGUUAAAAAGCAGACCACAGUGGUCUGCAAAUUAACUUUGCGCGGUGUGUUGAGUUAAUUUGCAGACCACCGUGGUCUGCAAAUUAACUUUGAAUGGAGUUUUGAGUUAAAAAGCAGACCACCGCGGUCUGCAAAUUAACUUUUCACGGUGUUUUCAGUUAAAAAGCAGACCACCGUGGUCUGCUUUUUAAAUAAAGAGCAUGAUAUUGUUAGAGACGCAGAGAGAAAUACACUCGCUCCGCUCGUGCCGCUUACGCGGAAGAUUCCGGGGCGCUUCGCGCAAGCUUGCGGUGCCACGUCAUAACUCAAAAUUUCCUACAGAUCAUCGAAAAUGACUCCUCAAAACCCACGACAGUGCGAAAUCGAAAACGUCCCACUCCAUCAAAUUCAGCCGAGCUCAAAUACAAAGAUCACAAUAAAAAUGUGGUGUACAACACGACACCUCAAGAACACCAACGACAUUUACAGCAGAGGGGUUUGGCUGUGAAUUUGCAUCAGGCUGUGAUUAUUCGGAUGAGGGUGAGUUUGGGCCUGGAUUUUUUGAGUUUAGACAAGCCUAGGCUUGUUUACAAUCAAAAAAUAGCAAUUUUUUGCGCCAAAAAUCUUACUGUAACCUGAAAUUUUUUAAAAAUUUCAGUACAUUGCCGAGCAUGUCAUUCGAAGUCUCAAUGAAUUUGGCUGGGCGGUGGUCGACAAUUUUUUGGGUGCACAACAUUCGAAAUUUGCUGCAACGUGAGUGACUAGAGAAACUAGAGUCUAGUUUGCUGCUUUAAACUAGACUCUAGCUUAACCCUCCCAAAAUCUGAAACUAGACUCUAGUCUUGCGUCAUUUUUCCAGUGAAAUCGAGCAACUCUACAAAUGUGGCCUUUUCACAGCCGGUCAACUUAUGGAGAACAAAAAUAAGGACGAGUUUCACAUCAAGGAUAUUCGGUCUGAUCAGGUAGGCUUUUGGGGGCCUGGAGGGCUUUAGGGGGCUUUACAGGGCUUUGGAGGGCUUCAGAGGGCUUUAGAGGGCUUUGGAGGGUUUUAGAGACCUCAAGGCUCAUUUUUUCCACGUGGAAAUUUUUCCCGGGAACUUUUUGAUCGUUGGUCUUCUCAUCAUUUUGUAUAGUGAAAAAUGUCACGGAUUUUUUUUUAUUAGAUGAACAACUGUCAAAAUAAAAUGCCGUGUGAUUUUUGGUGCCAGCGAGCGCGUAGCGCGAGUGUAAACCUUCCGCAAGCUUCCGCGUCAGCGGCACUGUCUACCGCGACACAGGCAUAAAUUCUUGACUUUUUUAAUUCAGAAAUGCCUGUCGCAGAAAAAACAAAUUCUCGCGUGAAUCGGGAGGCGGGAUUUAUUUUGCAAGGUGCGGCACGUUUUUUUUCAAUGAAUAAUUAUUUCUGAUUUGUUGCAUUUCGAAAUUUAGUGAAGAAAAAAAGAUGAAAACGAAAAAAUUAUUUUAAAAACGUGAAACGUGUAUUCGUGGCAGGGGGCGGAGCCGACAGGAAAAAAAGUCAGAAAUUUAUGCCUGUGCGCGAAGCGGCCAAGCCUAGAGUUAGGCUUAGGCCUAGGCUUAUCUGGUCUCUAAAAAUCCAGAAUAUUUGGGCCUAGUAACCCAGAAGCCUAUAAAAUCUAAAAAAUAUUGGAAAGCCUGAAAAACUAGUUCAAAAUUGAGCCCAGAACUUCUAGGGAAUCUAGGCUUAUCCACAGUAACCCUAGGCUUGUUUGGACUCUAAAAAUCUGGAAUUUUAAGCUCUACAGUAAUCUAGUACCCCAGACUCACCUGGCCUCGAAAAAUCUAGAAUUUCAGGGACCAAAAUGUAGACUACAGUAAUCUCAGGCUUUAGGCUUGUUUGGACUCUAGAAAUCUAGAAUUUCAAGCUCUACAGUAAUCUAUAUGUCUACAGUAAUCUAGAACCUACAGUAAUCCAGAACCCUAGGCUUAUUUGGACUCAAAAAAUCCAGAAUUUUAAGCUCUACAGUAAUCUAGUACCCCAGACUCACCUGGCCUCAAAAAAUCCAGAAUUCCAGGUUUAACAUCUAGCCUACAGUAAUCUUAGGGUCUAGGCUUGUUCGGACUCAAAUAAUCUUGAAUUUUAAGCUCUACAGUAAUCUAGAAGUCUACAGUAAUCUAGAACCCACAGUAAUCCAGAACCCUAGGCUUGUUUGGACUCAAAAAAUCUGGAAUUUCAAGCCCCACCCUGAUCUCCCCUCAAAAAUCCCCAAUUUUCUUCCAGAUCUACUGGUUCGACGGCGUGGACGAACGUGCAAAAGACGCAGCCACAGUUCGACUUCUCGUCUGCAUGAUCGACUCCGUCAUCCAACACUUCAAAAAUCGCAUCGAACACAACAUUGGCGGAAGAUCGAGAGCCAUGCUGGCAAUCUACCCCGGAAACGGCACACGCUACGUGAAACACGUGGAUAAUCCGGUGAAAGACGGGCGGUGCAUAACAACAAUAUAUUAUUGUAAUGAGAAUUGGGAUAUGCAGAAGGACGGCGGAACCCUGAGGCUGUAUCCGGAAAGUUCGCUGACACCAAUGGAUAUUGAUCCGAGGAUGGAUCGAUUGGUGUUUUUCUGGUCGGAUCGAAGAAAUCCACAUGAAGUUAUGCCGGUUUACCGCCACCGGUUUGCUAUAACAAUCUGGUAUAUGGACAAGGCCGAAAGGGAUAAGGCACUGGCCCAAAAGAGCCCCACACGGGCCAAGACUAGUCUUCUAGAACUCUCGGAUUCGAGGGAUAUGCGUGUCUUUCCAUCCACAUCGUCGGAUCCAACGUUGGCCCAUAAUUCGGACUCGGGAGUGGAGCUGGAUUCUCAGGCCCAAAAUGUGGGCCUGGGAAGGGCUGGAAGCCUUCAAAGUGUUUCGGACGCCUUUAAAUCGGAGAGAAGUGCGGGGAGACGAAGCUCGACUUCGUCUAGUCAAGAUUUUGAGGAGGAACUUCCGCCGCCGCCUAGUGAAAAUCCGGAGUAUAUUAUUUAG